AUGAAUCUCGAAGCUCGCCAGUAUUAUGGCUAUUACAACAACUGCUACGGAAACAACUGCAACAGCACUUGGAAUCGCUGGGGCCGCUGGGUGCUUCUCGCAUGCAUAAUCGCCGCCUUCUUCAUCCUGUUCUUCCUCUUCUCAUGCCUCUCCGCAAGAAGACGCCGUAAGCACGGUUACAACCCCUACUACGGCACUGGCUGGACAAUUCGUCACGGCACUCCUACCUACAACCAGAAUGCCCAGCCUCAGUAUGAGACCUCGACUCCUUACUACAACAACUCGAACAACCCUCCCCCAGCCUACAGUCCUCCUCCCAACACCACCAACUACGGCAACAAUAUUGAGCUGCAGCAGCCCCAAGCCGCCUACAACGGCAACUACGCUCCUCCCAAGGACCCUCCUCCGGGCAGAUAUUAA